AUGAACGCUGCCGCUCGGCGCGCGGCGUCGCAUGGCCUCCGGAGGUCUCGCGCCUCGAUUUUCUCGACAUACUCACGGCGAUGGAACUCUACAUUUGCGGAGAGACAAUGGUCUACACCACUAGCACGCACACUAGCGAGUGCUAUGAAGGUCACCGGGCCCAUUCCCAUCGCCGCGUUUAUGCGCCAAGUGUUGACCUCCCCAGAAGGUGGUUACUAUACCUCCCGUGAAGACGUGAUCGGAAAGCACGGUGACUUUGUUACCUCGCCGGAGAUUUCUCAGGUGUUUGGAGAGCUGAUUGGCAUCUGGGCUAUUGCGGAAUGGAUGGCACAGGGGCGGAAGCGGAGUGGUGUUCAGUUGAUGGAGGUUGGACCGGGCAAGGGAACUCUCAUGGACGAUAUGCUUCGGACGUUUCGGAACUUCAAGACCUUCACUUCGAGCAUUGAGGCGAUCUACCUUGUUGAGGCUAGUGGGACAUUGAGAGAGGUGCAAAAGCGUCUCCUGUGUGGUGAUGAAGCUGUCAUGGAGGAGACCGAUAUUGGACAUCGGAGUACUUGCAAAUACUUCGAUGUACCCAUUAUCUGGGUGGAGGAUAUUCGUCUGUUGCCGCAUGAGGAAGGCAAAACCCCCUUCAUCUUUGCACACGAAUUCUUCGACGCACUCCCUAUCCACGCCUUCGAGUCCGUCCCUCCAGCCCCAGAGAACGAAGUGCCCCAGGAAGUUCAAGAGAUCAUGACCCCUACGGGCCCUCAAAAACUCCACAAGCCCCUCAAGGUGGCAAACACCCCACAAUGGCGCGAGCUCCUUGUCACAUUAAACCCGAAGGCCGUCGAAGAGAACAUCGAAGGCGAGCCCGAGUUCCAACUAACCAAGGCCAAGGCCUCCACGCCUUCCUCCCUCGUCAUCCCCGAGAUCUCCGAGCGCUACCGCAAACUCAAGUCCCAACCUGGGUCUACCAUUGAAGUCAGCCCCGAAAGCCGGAUAUACGCAGCUGACUUUGCGCGUCGCAUUGGCGGUGAUUCCGCCUCCGCGAAGCCCUCGAAGAAGAAUCCCACUCCAGAGGAGCCCAAGAAAACGACACCUUCCGGUGCAGCUCUGAUUAUGGAUUAUGGUACUAUGUCGACCAUCCCCAUCAACUCCCUGCGCGGAAUUCAGCACCAUAAGAAGGUUGCCCCUCUCUCGUCUCCCGGUCAGGUAGAUGUCAGCGCAGACGUCGAUUUCACUGCCCUGGCUGAGGCUGCCAUUGAGGGAAGCGAUGGUGUAGAGGUGCAUGGACCAGUUGAGCAGGGAGAUUUCCUCCAGGCACUUGGUAUUGAGGAGCGCAUGCGCCAAUUGUUGAAGGGUGUUGGAGAUGAGGAGCGCAAGAAGACUUUGGAGACUGGGUGGAAACGCCUGGUUGAGAAGUCGGGUGGGUCUAUGGGACAGAUCUAUAAGGUGAUGACUAUCAUUCCGGAGAAUGGUGGACGGAGACGACCUGUUGGGUUUGGAGGUGGUGUACAGAUAGCCGCCAAACCCCCGGUCAAGAAGACUCCGGCCAGCAAUGUCAUGGCCCAGAAGGACCAAGUUGGCCGCACUCCAGGCCACGGUCAGAAGCGGAAGAUUGAGGAUGCGGAUGACGACGACGAGGAGGAGGAGGAGGAGCCUAAAGCAAAAGAAGAAGAUGAGGACGAGGACGGCCAGGGCCGCAAGGUCGCUUUUGACCCUAAGGCGAAGCAGAAGCGUAAUACUAACGCUAGUAAGUCUCCGGAAGUUCCCUUCUAG